CAGUUGAUUCUGGACAUCUACGUUCCGAAAUUAUAAAGGAAAGAAAAAGUAACCUUAAUUGCAAAUUGUUAAUAAUAUUCUAUUGAAUUAAUUCAAGUACAAUUAAAAUACUACCAUGUCCUUCAAUUUAGCAUCUGAACUUCCAGCUUGGAAGGCUUUACAAAAUACCUACGAUACUUCAGGUAAGAACUUUAAGGUUGCUGAAGCCUUUGCUAAGGAUCCUCAACGUUUUGACAAGUUUUCCAAAACUUUCACCAACUUUGAUGGUUCCAAGAUUUUGUUUGAUUACUCCAAGAACUUGGUUGAUGAUGAAGUUUUGGCCCAAUUGAUCAAAUUGGCCGAAGAAGCUGGUGUUGAAAAAUUGAGAGACGCCAUGUUUGCUGGUGAAAAGAUUAACACCACUGAAGACAGAGCCGUUUACCACGCUGCCUUGAGAAACAGAGCCUUGAAGGUUAUGGCUGUUGACGGUAAGGACACCGCCAAGGAAGUUGACGACGUUUUGCAACACAUGAAGGAAUUCUCUGAACAAGUUCGUUCAGGUGAAUGGAAGGGUUACACCGGUAAGGCCAUCACUGAUGUUGUUAACAUUGGUAUUGGUGGUUCUGAUUUGGGUCCUGUUAUGGUCACUGAAGCCUUGAAGGCUUACGCCAAGCCAGGUUUGUACGUUCACUUUGUUUCCAACAUUGACGGUACUCACAUUGCUGAAACUGUCAAGGACUUGAACCCAGAAACUACCUUGUUUUUGAUUGCCUCCAAGACUUUCACCACUGCUGAAACCUGUACCAAUGCCAACUCUGCCAAGAAGUGGUUCUUGGAAAAGGCUAAGGAUGAAGCUCACAUUGCUAAGCAUUUUGCUGCUCUUUCUACCAAUGCCACUGAAGUUGCCAAGUUUGGUAUUGACACCAAGAACAUGUUUGGUUUUGAAAACUGGGUUGGUGGUCGUUACUCUGUUUGGUCUGCCAUUGGGUUAUCUGUUGCCAUUUACAUUGGCUUUGACAACUUCAAUGACUUCUUGAAGGGUGCUGAAGCCGUUGACAAGCAUUUCCAAGAAACCCCAUUAAAGGAUAACAUUCCAGUAUUGGGUGGUUUGAUCUCUGUUUGGUACAACAACUUCUUUGGUGCCCAAACUCAUUUGGUUGCUCCAUUUGAUCAAUACUUGCACAGAUUCCCAGCUUACUUGCAACAAUUAUCCAUGGAAUCCAACGGUAAGUCCGUUACCAGAGGUAACUCUUUCACCAACUACCAAACCGGUACUAUCUUGUUUGGUGAACCAGCCACUAACGCUCAACAUUCUUUCUUCCAAUUGGUCCACCAAGGUACCAAGUUGAUUCCAUCUGAUUUCAUUUUGGCUGCUCAAUCCCACAACCCAAUUGAACACAACUUGCACCAAAAGAUGUUGGCAUCCAACUUUUUCGCUCAAGCUGAAGCUUUGAUGGUUGGUAAGAAUGAAGAACAAGUUAAGAAGGAAGGUGCCACUGGUGAUUUGGUUCCUCACAAGGUUUUCUCUGGUAACAGACCAACCACCUCUAUUUUGGCUCAAAAGAUCACCCCAGCUGCCUUGGGUUCUUUGAUCGCCUACUACGAGCACUUGACCUUUGUCGAAGGUGCUGUCUGGAACAUCAACUCAUUCGACCAAUGGGGUGUUGAAUUGGGUAAGGUUUUGGCCAAGGUUAUUGGUAAGGAAUUGGAAGAUAACUCUGUCAAGGUUGAAUCUCAUGAUCCAUCCACCAAGGGUUUGAUCAACCAAUUCAAGGAAUGGGCCAAUUAACUAGUUAAGACUAGAGAACCUCAUCUAUAGUGGUUUUCUUUUUAUGUAUGUAUAUAAUUGGUUUACCCUUACUUAUGAUAACGAUAUCGAUCAAUAAAAGAUAAAGAAAAAAAAAAAAGAAA